AGCCGGGCUGCGACGCCGAGGGCCGGGCCAGCCCCGCCGCCGGGCGCGCGGGCUCGCCGGGCUCCCCCACGGGCCGCUGCGCGGAGCCCGGGCCGGGGCCGGCGGAGGACGCGGUGCGGCUGCUCGGCGCCGGGACGGACGGCAGGAGACUCCCCCGGGCGAUCGCGCUCAUCGGCCUGCCCACAUACAUGAAGUCCUUGCAGUGGGCCCUGGCUGUCAUGGCUGUGCUUCUGGCCUUCUCCACAGUUGCCAUCGUGGUCCUGGCCUCCAGAGCAGGAGCCAGGUGCCAGCCGUGCCCCCAGGGCUGGCUGUGGACGCAGGAGCACUGUUACUACCUCUCUGCGGAGCCCCAGGCCUGGGAGCCCAGCCAGGCUUUCUGCUCGGCCCACCGUGCCACCCUCCCCCUGCUGCGCCACACCCAGGACUUCCUGAGUAGACAGCCCAUCACCACGCACUCCUGGCUGGGGGCCCGGCGAGGCCCCCAGGGCUGGCACUGGAUGGACGGGGUGCCCCUGCCGCCCCCGCUGCUCCCGGAGGAAGAUGAGGACGACCCGGCUCUCAGCUGCGGGGUCCUGGAGGCGGGCAGGCUCGUGGCCGUCAACUGCAGCUCCCGCAGGCCCUGGGUCUGUGCCAGGGGGGCCCAGUGACUCGGGUCCCAGCGGGCUGAGCCUGCGGGGGGCCGCCCCAGGCUUCCAGGCGUCCCCGCUGCACGCCUGGAUACUGGACUUGCGCUUCGAGAAGGUCACGCCCAGGAGGAGACUGAGGGCCGGUGCGCGUCCAGCGCCUGAGGCCACUCUGCUCGUAGCCGUUCUGAGCCCCGCUUUGCUUCUCAUUAAAACAGCCAUUUCCCAUCCUCCCCCGCCUGCGCCGCCCUGCGCUGCCCUGUUUCCGUCUGGGAGGAAGCCAGGCCCAGCAGUCGCAGGAGACCAGGGCUGGGCUCCCCGUGGGUCGCGUGGGUCGCCCUGGGCGGCCGGAGCGCGGGGCCCCCAGGAGGCCUGGCCGAGGCAGAAGACAAGACUUGCGGGCAGCGUGGUAGGCAGAAGCAGCGGCAAAGCCAGGGGCCGGGCAGCGAGGGAGCCAGGGCGGAUGUCAGGUUCGGGCAGCUCUCGCACCCGCAGCCCCUGCGCCGGCACUGAGGGAAGGCUCUGCUCUGUGGCCUGGGACCCUCCCCAGGGCAGGACCCUGUCCCUGCACCUCGUCUGUAGCCACAUUGUCCUCUCUGCAGCCGGACCAUGCGCCCAAGUUCCUCCCAAGGAAACCUUCCCUGGGGCCGGCGUGGUGGCGCCACGGGUUAAGCUGCCACUCGCAACACCGGCAUCCCACGUGGGAGCACAGGUUCAAGUCCUGGCUGCUCCACUUCCGACCCAGCCUCCUGCCGAGGUGCUGGCACUCAGGAGACCUGGCUGGAGUUCACGGCUCCUGGCCUUGGCCUGGCCCCGUCCUGGCUGUAGUCGUUUGGAGAAUGAGCCAACGGAUGGAGAAUCUCUCUCUCUCUCUCUGUCACUCUGCCUUUCAAAUGAAAGGAACCAGCAUUAGUGCAUUUUAAACAAAGGGCUCGUAUGGGCCAUUGGAGAGAAAGGCAUGAAGAAUCUUUUUUUUUUCUUUGAAAAAUUAUUUAUUUACUUGAGGGGUUGAGUUACAGAUGGAGAGAGGGAGAGACAGAGAGAGAGGUCUUCCAUCCACUGGUUACUCCCCAGAUGGCCACAGCAGCCAGACUGAGCUGAUGCAAAGCCAGGAGCCAGGAACUUGUCUUCCCGGUCUCCCACACAGGUGCAGGGACCCAAGGACCUGGGCCAUCUUCCACUGCUUUCCCAGGCCAUAGCAGAGAGCUGGAUCAGAAGUGCAGCAGCCAGGUCUUGAACCAGCACCCAUGUGGGAUGCCGGCACUGCAGGCGGCGGCUUUACCCUCUGCACCACAGCGCCGGCCCCCGGGACAGAGUCGUAGAGGAGAGAGAUUCCCUACCAUUCUCAGGAAGGAACAGCGACAGGGAGGUGGCAGUGUCCUGGGCAGUGUGAGAUGGGUAAGAGGCCACCAGCUAGAAGGCGGAGGCUGUGGAGUAAGAGCUCCUGCCCGCGUCCACAGCCUGCCCCUCCCCGCGGCUGGCUCUGCAGGGGCCCGGGGACACCGUGAGGGGCAGUGGAGUGGAGGGAGGCGCCAGGUCAUCUCAAACACGCCUCGCCCCACCGGCUGCUCUGUAACGAGUGCUCCCACACUAGCCACAGUUAGAGAGCUCCCACACUAACCACAGUUAGAGAGCUCCCACACUAGCCACAGUUAGAGUACUCCCACACUAACCACAGAGUGCUCCCACACUAACCACAGUUAGAGAGCUCCCACACUAACCACAGUUAGAGAGCUCCCACACUAACCACAGUUAGAGAGCUCCCACACUAGCCACAGUUAGAGAGCUCCCACACUAACCACAGUUAGAGAGCUCCCACACUAGCCACAGUUAGAGAGCUCCCACACUAACCACAGUUAGAGAGCUCCCACACUAACCACAGUUAGAGAGCUCCCACACUAACCACAGUUAGAGUGCUCCCACACUAACCACAGUUAGAGAGCUCCCACACUAACCACAGUUAGAGAGCUCCCACACUAGCCACAGUUAGAGAGCUCCCACACUAACCACAGUUAGAGAGCUCCCACACUAGCCACAGUUAGAGAGCUCCCACACUAGCCACAGUUAGAGAGCUCCCACACUAACCACAGUUAUUUGUUUCCAAAUAAUUCUUUUCCGCCUCCUGAUUGACCUGCAGUACUUUUGCUUUGUUUUUAUUUUAAUUUUUUUUUUAUUUUUUUAAAUUUUUUGACAGGCAGAGUGGACAGUGAGAGAGAGAGACAGAGAGAAAGGUCUUCCUUUAGCCGUUGGUUCACCCUCCAAUGGCCGCCGCAGCUGGCGCACUGCGCUGAUCCGAAGCCAGGAGCCAGGUGCUUCUCCUGGUCUCCCAUGGGGUGCAGGGCCCAAGCACUUGGGCCAUCCUCCACUGCACUCCCUGGCCACAGCAGAGAGCUGGCCUGGAAGAGGGGCAACCGGGACAGAAUCCGGCGCCCCGACCGGGACUAGAACCUGGUGUGCCGGCGCUGCAGGUGGAGGAUUAGCCUAGUGAGCCAGGGCGCCGGCCUUAUUUUAAUUUUUAAAGAUUUAUUAAUUUAUUUGAGAGGCAGAGUUAGAGAAAGGGAGAGACAGAGAGAUCGACCUUCCAUCUGCUGGUUCACUCCCCAGCACCCACAGUGACCAGGGCUGGGCCAGGCUGA